GGUUGGUAAAAUAUCACUCGGUAUUAAACGUAUUUCGAUCGUCGUAUUGUCAUGAGGCAGGCACGUAUGCAGCAGCUGGCGUGCAUCCCAAAACAUUCCUAUAUCCUUUUACAGGAAAAAUUGAGAAAAAAGCAAAAGGAGCGAUGAGAGCAGAGCUAAGAAAAUUUCGCAGUAUAUUUAACGUGAAAUGACUCAAAGAGGAGUGAGACCCGCUUGAGAAAAGUUGCGAUACAUAAUUGUGGAAUGAGAUAAACAAUCUACUAAAGCAACACUGUUUUGUCACGUUACCCAAAAGAAGGUCAAUCACUAUGGCAAAUUCUUCAUAUCUUACAGUUUCUGAAAACACUUUUCACUUGGAGCUCAACCUGUAUGUAGUUCGACAAGAUAAUAUAAAUGUGCAUAAACUGUUUGUACUCUUUUGAUUUAGAAUAUCCUCUCCAAAUAAAAAGACAAAAAAAUGCACAAUUUGUUUUCUUAAUUAAGUUUAUUAGUCGUGUCAAGAAUUCGUUACAGGAUUAAAUUAGUUGAAGUCUUCUUUUUGUGUUAGCAACCUCAGCACAAGAAGAUUGUCUAGCAGACGGAAAGCCAACCGUACAAUCAUGUAAGUGAACUUAGCAAUUCUCUAUAAACGCAUUUUUCCCUCACCCUUUUCAAAUUUUGCUCAUAUCACAUUCAAUGUAAGUGUUACGGGAGUUUUUAGAUAUCAUAUUUUUAACCUUCAAAGGUACUCCCUCACCAUUUUAGCUGUCCUAUUUAAUAACCAAUGACAAAACCAAAAAUCUUUCAGCGUUGACGCAAGUUAAAGGGAAAUAUUUAAUGUUUUUUAGUGGGUGCCGGUGAUAGUUAAAGAAUCAUUUCUUUUUUAGCACAAUUACGAGUAAAUUCUCAACUACCUUCUCGUAGAAAAUUAGAAAAAAAGAAGAGGAACAAACAAAUAAGCAGCACUAACAAUAAGAUACUACUUACAAUACUAAUCAUAACCAUUACGUUUUCCUCAAAUGUGAUUAGUGCAUUAGCUGCUUUAUUCUUCACUAAUCAUUCUGUUCAGCUGUAAUCGGACAGUUGGCUGUAAUCGGACACCUGUGAUCAGUAGCCAAUCAUACUCAGUCCACCGAACAAAAUCCACCAAUAACAGAAUUGAUCACAAUAACCAUAGCAGCAACCAUUCAUCCUGAAAAAAACUGGGGAAUUUAAAAAAUGGAGGAAUUUUUUACUUUAGACACUCUCUAUACCGGAGUUGUUUGUCCAAAAUGCAUGUCUUUUCUUUGGGAAAUUGUACCAAUUAUGAUUAAUUGGUAACAGGAAUUCUUGUAGUCCAAUUCUGUCAGUAAUCGUGCUAGUGAUUGACAAAUCGGACUCCCGCUUCGCGGUCGCCCGAUUUUGUUAAUCACUCGCAUGAUUACAGACAGAACUGGACUACACUUGGUCCUAUUACCAUUAUUUAUUGAAUGUUACGUUAGUUACACCAGCAACUUUUUUAUUUCUUUUUUAUAACACUUUAUUAACUAAAGUAGGCAACAAAACUUAGAAAAAAAUUACUAAAUCUUUUGUUUUCAUUCCUGCCCAUAGCAAAACUAUGUGACAGUGCAGCAAAUAUAUAUUGUAAUAAAAGAGGUAUCGUCAUUGCUAUCAUUUAUUUGUUUAUAUAUUUACUAAUUUAUUUCUUUAUUCAUUCAUUUUCAGUGGUCGCUGCGGUUUCCAACCUUAUUCUGGCCAUGUGGAUCUCUAUUUCUUACAAGUAAUGAUAAGUUUUUCAUAAUUAAAUUCAUGCCCAUAGACAUCUAGGGGGAAUCGUAUGAGACGUAUUGUAUUUCGCCUAAACUAAUUUUAAUUUUCUGUUUGUUUUUACAGCUUUUAGCACGUGCUGAGAGGUCUUGAAGUAUGGAUCCAAUAAAAAAAAACUCGAAGUUUAAAGUCCAGUAGUAUUUUUCUUUGUUUUUAUGCGUGGAAUACUUUUGUCUAGACUGUUCGAGUAUAUAUCGAAUAUAUAAUACUUAGCAAAGUGUGCACUUUUACUGCUAUAGAAAAAGAUAGCUAUUCUCGGGUGUUUUAGGCAAUACUGCACUCCUGUCUUUCAAUUCAUUGCUUUUUUCACUACUCGUAAGAUAAUAGCCCGUGGAAUGUAUAAGAUGUUCUUUCCUUGAGCUAUUCUUUUCCUUUUUUGGGAGAAUUAUUUUAAACCUUGAAAAGAUAAUUGUAGGUUAGCAAUGGUUUGUCAUUUUGUCAUUAAAAGUCUUUUAAGACAAAUUCAGUGUCAAGUUCUCACAGUUUCUACCUAAAGAAGGUAGACCUUCGAGAAAUUCUAAUUUAUUUUGUUUCCAUUCGAAUGUUUUUUAUCCAAUAUAAGAUCCGAUAAAGAUAUCUCUGCGACAAGCGGGCAAGGAAAUUAUCAUCGUUAACACUUCGUUGAGCAUUGUGGUGCAUUGUGUUUUACAGGCUAAAGUUGAGCUUUUGACAGGCUAAAGGAUAUUUUAGCUCGUGCGCUCGCUUUAUUUGUCCAAAGUUGUCGUCAUUUUUCAUUUUUGGCUUUCAAAGUGAUAAUGAUAAUAACAAUACAGUUUAUUUCAUUGGGCAUAAAUAUGUUUGGGCCCUUCUCACAGCCCAUUCAUCAAGCGCAAAGUGUUUCCCGCGCGAAGGAGAUGCUUGAAGCUUUUAACCCCCUCUGGUCUACAGAUGGAAAAGAUUCCUUAUGCAGUUCUUAGUUCCGUUUAAUCGUCGCUAGUCUGAAGGGGCACAAGGAGUCUUUUACUUCAAUCCCUUGGCCCUGACUUUUUAUCACGGUCAAUAUUCACGGGUAGGGGGAGGAGCGAAUAAUUCAAUUUCAGGGAAACAAUUUCAGGCCCCUUUUCCACGAGGAUGGUAGAAAACAUGCCAGAUUUCAAUCAGCACCGACACGCUACAAAACCUUAUUCUAGGUGAAAGGGCCUUUAAACGUUUCCAAAAGUUUUUCGGUUAAGGACGGAGUCUUCCCCGUUUCCUGCUUUAAAUUCACGCCACAUGUAUUUAUUUGGCAACAUGUCACUCACGUUAUGACCUAAGAGUUACAGAGUUGCUAUGUAAUGAAACAAAAAAAUGAAUGUUUAUGAUAGAGUUAAUGAAAAAACAAUAAUAAAAAAAAAAUAUAUAUAUAUAUAUAUAUAUAUUUACUUGACGUUUGCGUUUGGUUUUAACUGAACUGUUGGCAAUAUAUCACUCGGUAUUGAAACGUACGAUCGUAGUAUUGUCGUGAGGCAGGCGCGCGUGCAGCGGCUGGUGUGACAUCCUAAAACAUUCCUGUAUCCUUUUUCAGAGAAAAUGUGAAAAAAAAAGUAAAAGGAGAGAUGGUAGCAGAGCUAAGAAAAUUUCGCAGUCCAUUCUAGGAAUGCCACAAAAGUUAUGAAAUGAGUCAUGGAAUAAAUUUAAGAUUAACAUUUCCUGUGUUACAUACGUAAACAUAUGUUUGUUCUUAUUUCAAAACCUCGCUGGACAGUUUAUAGAUCGCGGUAUUUGGGGUUCCAGAUCGAAAGUUGAAUUUUUUCCCGAAGGACACCCGCGAAGGUGGGAAGUAACCUUAAACCCUUUCGUCUCCUUUAUGAUGUAUUCAUUUUUAACACACGUCCCUGAGAAAGAAUCAGGUCUUGUACAGGUAAAUAACUUCUUCUUCUUCUUCUUCUCCUCCUCCUCCUCCUCCUCCUCCUUCUUCUUCUUCUUCUUCUUCUUCUUCUUCUUCUUCUUCUUCUUCUUCUCCAUAUCUCGACCUCUCGACAAAUCUAAUUUUUCAAAAAUUUCUGAGAAUUCUGCCCGGUCUCCUGUCUAAAAUUCCUUGAAAAGUUGACAAACGGCCUUUUUUAUGAUAUGAGAGAGAGCACAUCCAUCGAUCUGCACUUUAACCCUUUAAUUCCCGUGAGUGAUUAACGUGAAUCUUCUCCUUAAAAUAUCCAUACAUUAUCCAGCAAACAGGUAAUGAGAAUACUCAAACCUAUCAGGUAGAAGUUGUUAUCUUGAUUUAACAUCAAAUUCUCAUGACACAUUUAGUUUAGGAAAUGUGUAGCAGCUUGGGGGGAGAAUUUUCAAGCAACAAGUUUCAGGGCGUUAAAGGUUUACCAAAAGGAAGAGUAUGGAAUCUGAUUCAGAAGUCGCAUUAUGCAUAUGAUCCAGCAACCAAAAUGAAAUUAAAGAUAAUUGCUUUGCACACAAAUCCAGCUGAUUGAAAAAUUCAGUCGAUGGAAUAGAAGUUUGUUGUUAAAACCCAAUCUACUGCUAAUUUACUCAUAUUGUUUAAUCUACGUUUUUGUAACCUAUGAGUGCGAACUAGCGUUUGUUCUUCUUUAGCUUGUGCGAUGAUUAAUUUUGUGGCAGACCGAGUGUGGAAUGCAUCCCUUACAGACUCUGAGUCAAACGAGUCCAAAGCUUUGGAAGACAUGACAUUCAUAUGCAUGGUAGUAAGUCCAUUUACUGGUUUCUGUUUAACCCGACUUCUCGAUCAUUUGUUCGAUAAGGAAUUCACGUUUCUGGUUUCUUCACUGAAGAAGUUACACUUAAUAGGGGUCUAAGUCACGGUUUAGUAAAGUUUUGUGGCAGAUCAUUCCCUAAUGGAAACUGGAAUACUUUUGUGCCGAAAAAAGGCAGCAGAGGAAGAUGUUUUCCUUCCAUAACUUCAGCGAGAAAAGCACGUAGAAGGCCAUAAAGGCUAUUUGGACGUGAAAAUGUGGCUUUAACUGCUUUUCUCACGAUUUUCUGAUCAGACUAUUCCUAUGAGUGAAUUUGGAGCUCCAACCCAGUUCUUAAGAGCAAAUGUGACCAAAAAUCGAACAUUUUCAAAAUAUGAGAGAGAAGCAACCCACUGAAUACUCCGUUUGGCUGAAUAUCGAUUUAUUUUCGAUAAUCACUGAAUUCCGCUAAAAUGCCGCUGUUGAAGCUCAAAAUUUCAGGCGAAUCUCAGAACGUCGCGUCUCAAAACAAGUAAAAAAUUUGAACCGAUGAAGAGUACCAAAUCUUGAAAAGCAUCAUCAAAACGCGUGUUGACAACAAUUUGAGCAAUUAUUUACCAUUUAUUUACACAAUCUAAAAGAAUUUAUCCGACCGGCCAACUUCUGACUAGUUUAAAAAUAGGUCAAAAGUAACCCGUUAUUUCACUUUCACACACCGAAAAUGUACACAUACACAAGCAAACUCAAUUUUUGCGCAUUUUACGUCCAAUCUACGGCUUAGUUAACAUAACAUCCGCCUACCUUUCACGUUGCUGUUGUGAAGGAGAGGGCUACAGUCCUGAAAUUGUUGUAUCGUUCACAUAAAAACAAAAUAACUUGGAAGGAUAGUCAUCGACUCCUUGAUCAUACUUUUACAAAGCGUAUUUCGGGGUUUUGAUUUGAGGCUUCUCUAUUCCCAUUUCGUUGAAAAGGAGACUGAAGCCACGUGUUUCACAGUCCAGACCUCAUUAUAAAUUAAUUAGCAUUAUUCCGCACGUACACGAGAAACAUGUUUCUGAACUAGCAACAUUCCGCUUACAUUUGGUUCGCGGUUGGGUUGAAUACUAAUAUUUAAGUAAUGAUCAUUUACGUAAUGUAAUUAAAGCCUCUUUUUCAACGAAAUGGGAAUAGAGAAACCUCAAACGAACUCGCUAAGACAACUCGAGCAUGAAAUGGAUUCUCCGUACUCCCAACUGAUGACUACACGCUUCUUAACCCUCUUCAAUGUGUUACCAUGGUUAAGUCAAAACAAAGCGGAACUUAGCAGUGUGAAAGAUACUUGGGGUGUGACGUUCCUUGGAGGAGGCAGUUAAAAUUUGUGUUGACCACUUGCUUUGCUUCGUUUCGAACUAAUCAGUCGCUGGAAGUAUGUUUCCUGAACGGAUAUUUGUGUUGAUAUUUGUGGGUUUAUCCUUCGCACAAGGUAUGUAAAAUCUAACACUUUUCUCCUCACCAGAUGUGGGUGAAAGAGGGGAUGUUGAAAUAACGCUCGAGGUUGAAAGUUACAUUUGUGACACUCGUCGUGGACUUACAAAAAUGAUGAAUCAUGACGUCUACGCCAUGUGAAAGAAAAUUGUUUCCCUUGAACUAAUUAACUCUUCCACUUAAUGCGAAGCAACUGAGAAAUAUUUAAAUGCUAAGAUUGGCAUAUUAGAAGAAUUCUUUAGGACCAUGUCGAUAAGCGAACGGCAAACAACAAAAUGUCAAGUUUGCUCUCUGGCUUUCGUACAAUAAAAAUCUGAAUACGUUUAUCGUCGGUUUUUGUUGCAGGCAUCCUAAUUUCGAUAUCGCAAAUAAAUUUCCCGUUUUUGUUUUCAGAGAAAGUGGAUCUGAUUUUUUUCAACCCAUGAUGGCUUUCAUAGCGACUGAUGAGCAAUGUUAGUUGCAUCUUUUUGGUCGUAGCUAGGAACGGUCACUUAUCAUUCACAAUAGCGUGUCAUUUCAAGCUUCUGUUGUCCUCAAAUUCUGUGGUUACCAAAUGUCCUCGACGAAAACUGAUUGAUUGCAUUACACAAAAAAAUUUUUUUAGCCCUAUUCAUUAAAUUGAACCAGUUUACUUUGGCAUUUAUGAUUUGUUAGAAGAGAGUCGUUGUGGACUCGUUUCGGGUUUGACCGUCUCGAGUCUGAAGGGGCACAAGAAGUCUUUUACUUUGGUCCCUACGCCCUGACUGUUUUCCACGGUCAGUUCAAGUAGCCUAGAACACGGGUCCUUCAAACAGAUUUUCUGACACUUAUCACAGUGCACCGUGACCCUUGUGAUGUUUCACGAGACUAAAACAGUCAAUGUUUCAUCCGCCUAAGACUCUUUGUCAACUCCCUGUGGCGACGAUAGCAGUCAGUGUUUCAACCGCUUAAGAUUCCUUUGUCUAAUCCCUGUGGCGACGGUAACAGUUAAUGUUUCACCGCUUAAGACUCUUUAUCUACUCCCUGUGGCGCCGGUAACAGUUAAUGUUUCACCGCUUAAGACUCUUUAUCUACUCCCUGUGGCGCCGGUAACAGUUAAUGUUUUUAUCUACUCCCUGUGGCGACGAUAAGACUCGACGGGACGAGAGACGAGAGACUCUUGAAAAAUUCAGCACGGGAUGUGUGGUUCGCUUCAUAAAAUCUUAGGCCUAUUGCAGACUUAGGGUACGUUCUUUGGGAGAAUCCGUAUCAGGAUUUCUGAUUUUCGUGCAAAUCCAUUUUCAUAUCAGUGAUCUAUCAAAUCCACUCUGGACAGGGAUUCAUCGGAUCACUGAUCUGCGUGAUGUAAAGACAGAUCAUUGGAUCACUGAUCUGACGCGUUCCUUCAGGCGAAGGAUCCGAAACUAAUCAUUUUGCCCAGCGGUGCUCAAUUUUAAACAAGCGGCAGAUACUUCAUAUAUUAACCGGAAAGAUUGUUGGCAAUCACUCCACAAAUUCUACGAUAAACACGAAAUAAAAUCGAUUUUGUAAUGUUUAAUCGAUCGGCCUCUGAUCGCAGGUAUUCAGGGUUCCCUAGUAGCCAUAUCGUAAUCAAUACUUGCUUCUGUUUUAAUUCCAUCGUUUGAGUUUACCAUGAAAAAAUGUGCUUCUAAUGAAUGGUGCGCGCUAAAGGAAUGCACCCUUAAUCUCACAUCAUUUUCCAUACUCUAUAACCGACUUGGAUAACAUCAACAACGUACGUGUGACUUCUGUUAACCGUAUAUGCCAACAGAUAAUGGUCAAUUUCAGAUUCCUUUCUACUAAGAUGGUAGAAAACUUGCCACAGUUUAAUCAGCACCGAUACACUAAAACCCUUAUUCAAGGUGAAAGGGUCGUUAACCAAAGUUUUUCGGUUAAGUAUUGUGUCCUCCCCGGUUCCUGCUUUAAAUUCACACCACAUGUUUGGAAAAGGAACAUUUAAUUUAUGGAUUGGGCUUAUAUAACGUUACGUAAUCUUUUUCUAUUUAUUUCGUCGUAUUGUAGGUUUUUGUUAUUACGUAACGUCUUUUGUUUGUAAGAUAAUUUGUAGGUUUGUUUUCGUUUAGUUUGCUAUAUAAUUAUAAAAAAAAACAUUAUGUUGUGUGUAAUUCGUUCAGGUUUAUUCCAGGUCGAGUUCGAAUUUAUUCGAGAUCGUCCAAGAUUAGUUUGUUGGAGAUCGGUCAUUUAGUGCUCAAUCUAAAUUUGUUAUUCGUACUUAGUUCGAGUUAAUGAUAAAUGUUCAACUAGUGAACAUGUAUUUGGCGACAUGUCACUCACGUUAUGAUCUAAGAGUGUUUAUGAAUGUUUACGAAAGAGUUAGAUGAGAUCUAUUGACUUGACUCUCGAUAUAUAUAUAUAUAUAUAUAUAUAUAUAUAUAUAUAUAUAUAUAUAUAUAUAUAUAUAUACAUAUAUACAUAUGUAGAUAGAUAGAUAUUUACUUUACAUUUGCUUUUGGUUUUGAGUCAACGGUUGGUAAAAUAUCACUCGGUAUUAAACGUAUUUCGAUCGUCGUAUUGUCAUGAGGCAGGCACGUAUGCAGCAGCUGGCGUGCAUCCCAAAACAUUCCUAUAUCCUUUUACAGGAAAAAUUGAGAAAAAAGCAAAAGGAGCGAUGAGAGCAGAGCUAAGAAAAUUUCGCAGUAUAUUUAACGUGAAAUGACUCAAAGAGGAGUGAGACCCGCUUGAGAAAAGUUGCGAUACAUAAUUGUGGAAUGAGAUAAACAAUCUACUAAAGCAACACUGUUUUGUCACGUUACCCAAAAAAGAAGGUCAAUCACUAUGGCAAAUUCUUCAUAUCUUACAGUUUCUGAAAACACUUUUCACUUGGAGCUCAACCUGUAUGUAGUUCGACAAGAUAAUAUAAAUGUGCAUAAACUGUUUGUACUCUUUUGAUUUAGAAUAUCCUCUCCAAAUAAAAAGACAAAAAAAUGCACAAUUUGUUUUCUUAAUUAAGUUUAUUAGUCGUGUCAAGAAUUCGUUACAGGAUUAAAUUAGUUGAAGUCUUCUUUUUGUGUUAGCAACCUCAGCACAAGAAGAUUGUCUAGCAGACGGAAAGCCAACCGUACAAUCAUGUAAGUGAACUUAGCAAUUCUCUAUAAACGCAUUUUUCCCUCACCCUUUUCAAAUUUUGCUCAUAUCACAUUCAAUGUAAGUGUUACGGGAGUUUUUAGAUAUCAUAUUUUUAACCUUCAAAGGUACUCCCUCACCAUUUUAGCUGUCCUAUUUAAUAACCAAUGACAAAACCAAAAAUCUUUCAGCGUUGACGCAAGUUAAAGGGAAAUAUUUAAUGUUUUUUAGUGGGUGCCGGUGAUAGUUAAAGAAUCAUUUCUUUUUUAGCACAAUUACGAGUAAAUUCUCAACUACCUUCUCGUAGAAAAUUAGAAAAAAAGAAGAGGAACAAACAAAUAAGCAAAAAUUAAAAAAAGGGAAAAAAGAAGUCCACCUUUCAGAUUUAGAUGUUUUAAGUAGUACAAGUCACUCUUCGUUACUCUUAAUCCUUAAACCAUCUCAUUACUAUUCUCACUUUGUCGGACAUUGUGGCGCAUUUUGCGGGCUAAAAUGGUGUAUUUAGUGGGCUGAAAUGUAUUUUUUUGUAUCAUAAUGUAUGCUUCGGCUUUAUUUCACUGAAACGUUUUAAUCGGUUUCCACCACUACGGACGUUACUACAUACGUGAUCAACACCUGGUUUUUGUUGCGACAAUCUCUACUAUUGAUCGGAAGGUGACUGUAGGAAUAAAAACACCACUCACAUUUGGAGAUCCUUGGGAGCCUAAUCAGUCUUUCUUGAUUUCUCUAAAUGGAAAAGUCGUCAGGUUUCGCUGCCCACCCGCAUUUCUUCUUAUUAACUUUACCUGCACUUUGUAGCCUUUGGCUUUAAGAACAUGUAACAUAACGUACAUCUCUUGUUUGUGGCUUGAUAGUCCUUUUUGUUUUAUUUCUUCAGCGUGCGGCAGGUAUACUUUACAGUCAUACGAUCUUAAGUGGAACGAUGAUUUGAACAAUAGCUCAUCAUUAAUUUAUCAGACCAUGAAAAGAUGGAUGUUGCAUAUCGUAAGUGGAUACUAGUUUGUUGGAUAGUUUGUGUAUAACCUCUGGCCUAGAAUGAUAAUGAAACAAAGCGCGAAGCGAAACUUAUAGCAAGUGCAAGAGUCAGUCGAUAUGGUUAAACAUCCUGAUUUUAACGUUCGCUCUUUGUUAAAAAUAUUUUCUAGCGAAAUGUAAACUUUAAUUGUGAUUAGCAUUUACUUUAUUUUCUCGCUACAGUUUUGUGCUAUAUUGAAGAUCUUGGGGUCCAUGGUGAUGUUUCCAGAACUGACUUUCGAAGAGGCGGCUGGGAAUUGGUCGAUUGCCAAAGUCAAAGUGUGCCUGGUUUUUAAACCCGAAGUCGAUAUUGAUAUGGAAACUGUACUACACAAUUACACGAAAAACUAUACCUAUGAAGCAGUCGGUUAGUGUCAUUUAUUUGCUAAGAGUCGCGCUUUGACUGUUUAGUGGUUGAAUAAUAUCUCACAAGGAAUGAAAUUAUUCUUGAAAGUAAAAAUUGCAAACUCGUCGCGCACCACACGAUUUUGUGAUGAUUAUAAGGAACGAGGCAAAUAAACUGACACAAAAGAGGUGUCUCUGAUUAUUAUCGCUCAGUCAUACCAAGAUGAUGUUAUCUUUAAGCUCUGUGGAUAAUGUCAAUAUAUCCCUAUUUACUUCAUUUAUUUAUUUAUCUAUAUUUGAUAGUUAUUCGCGUCAGGCUCAGUGAAUAUUGUUAAAUAGCCCCCGAGACGAAGUCGAGUCUGAGGCGAAUAGUUGUUUUUAGUAUAAUUGCGAAUUAUUUUUUUAGUGUAAUUUCUUAGGUGCUUCCCAUUUCUGUUGUAAAUUCGUGUAGUUUUUUAAACCAUUCUGUUAGAAUUGUUUUGAGUACUCGUAUCGAAAUUAGGAGCAACUUUCCAUUAGAAUUUGACAGGUUUAUUCAAUGCAGUCAGCAAAAACUACAUAUCUUUCUUUUGAAAAGUGUUACUCUAAACGUAUUAUCAUCUUUUGUGCUCUUCAGAGUUGUAUUUUCUUCUUUUGCGUUUAUCACUCUCUCUGUGACAUUGACAAAACGCGCUCGAAGCAUCCAUUUUGAAAUCUAAACCCUUGCUAUAGUCACCUCGCGCGAGAUUAUUAUAGCGAUAAAAGGCGAAAUUCACGAUCAAUCAGAGGUCGCGCAUCUCUUUAACCACUGGAGCAAUUAUACUAUAAAACUUUACUUGAUGUAUGUACAUCUGCGUCGUCACAUUAUAAUUUUCAUUCGACGAUGUUCGCCUCGCAUUUGUCCACAGAAAAUUUGUCCAUGAUGCAGUAAAACCCCUAUUCUGUCGCUUUUUAGUAAUAGUUAAAUUUAUCUAUUAAUGUGUUUUUUAGGAGUUACUUUCUCAGAAUGGAAAGCUAAGGAUGGCGAGUGCAAAAAGUGUGACGGAGGAGGUGGGCCAUUUAUGAUUGAAAGUGUAUGUGAGAAGGAAGAGCACAGCUGUCGGGGACAAAAGAACAAGUCUAAAGAAUCCAUGGAUUGUGCGAAGUAUUGCUCCUCCUCAGCCUCAGCUCAGGGUAGGAACGGAUAAAAUUCUAUAAAAAUUUAAGGAUCUCUAACCGCAUCAAGGAAAACAUCACUUAUUCUGCAUUAACGACCAUAACUUCGAUUAAAUCUUGUAAAUUAAAUUUUGUGGCAAUUCGAUUUCUGUAGUAUGGUUCCUAAGGAACUGACUGACACUGGCAUGAAAAUAUACUUUUUGUUUUAUUUUUCAUCAGCCCAUUGUAUGGAAACAAAUAGCUACAGCACUAACAAUAAGAUACCACUUACAAUACUAAUCAUAACCAUUACAUUUUCCUCAAAUGUGAUUGGUGCAUUAGCUGCUUUAUUCUUCACUAAUCUUUCCGUACAGUUGUAAUUGGACAGUUGGCUGUAAUCGAACGCCUUUGAUCGGACAGUUGAAACAGCAAAUCAUACUCAAAAUUCAAAAAACACAGAAUUGAUUACAUUAACCAUAGCAACAAUCACUUAUCCUAAAAAAAACUGGGGAAUUUCCAAAAUGGAGGAAUUUUUUUACUUUAAACACUGUCUCUACCGGAGAUGUUUGUUCAAAAUGCAUUUUGUUUUUUGGGGGGGGGGGGGAAUUGUACCAAUCAUGAUUAAUUGGUAACAGGACUUCUUGUCGUCAAAUUCUGUCAGUAAUCAUACUCGUGAUUGACAAAUCGGACUCCCGCUUCGCGGUCACCCGGUUUUGUGAAUCACUCGCAUGAUUACAGACAGAACUGGACUACACUCGAUCCUAUUACCAUUAUUCAUUGAAUGUUACGUUAUUUACAUCAGCAACCUUUUUAUUUCUUUUUUAUUACACUUUUUUAACAAAAGGAGGAAGCAAAAUGGAGAAAAAAAUAACUAGAUCUUUUGUUUUCAUUCCUACCCAUAGCAAAACUAUGUGACAGUGCAGCAAAUAUAUAAUGUAAAAAAGAGGUAUCACUAUUGUUAUUAUUCAUUUGUUUAUGUAUUAACCAUUUUGUUUCUUUAUUCAUUCAUUUUCAGUGGUCGCUGCGGUUUCCAACCUUAUUCUGGCCAUAUGGAUCUCUAUUUCUUACAAGUAAUGAUAAGUUUUUCAUAAUUAAAUUCAUGUCCAUAGACAUCUAGUGGAGUAGUAUGUGACGUAUUGUAUUUCGCUUAAACUAAUUUUAAUUUUCUGUUUGUUUUUACAGCUUUUAGCACGUACUGAGAGGUCUUGAAGUAUGGAUCCAAUAAAAAAAAAACUCGAAGUUUAAAGUUCAGUAGUAUUUUCUUUUGUUUUUAUGCGUGGAAUACUUUUGUCUAGACUGUUCGAGUAUAUAUCGAAGAUAUAGUACUUAGUAAAGUGUACUAUUUUACUGCUAUAGAAAAAGAUAGCUAUUAUAUCGGUUGUUUUUUUAGGUAAUACAGAUAAUUGUAGUUUAGCAAUGGUUUGUCAUUAAAGUCUUCAAGACAAAUUCAGUGUCAAGUUCUCACAGUUUCUACCUAAAGAAGAUAGACCUUCGAGCAAUUCUACUUUAUUUCGUUGCCAUUCGAAUGCUGUUUAUUCAAUAUAAGAUCCUAUAAAAAUAUCUCUGCGAUAAGCGGGCAAGAAAAUUGUCCACUGUUAACACUUCGUUGAGCAUUUUGGUACAUCGUGUUUUGCGGGCUAAAGCAGUGAGUUUUUGGCAGGCUAAAGGAUAUUUUAGCUCGUGCGCUCGCUUCAUUUGUUCAAACUUGUCGUUAUUUUUCAUUUUUGGCUUUUAAAGUGAUAAUGAUAAUAAAAGUUUAUUUUCUUGGGCAUAAAUAUGUUUUAGGCCCUUCUCACAGCUUAUUUUAAUCCUCGCCUAGCAGCUCGGGAUAAAAUGACUCUGAGUUGGGUCCAAAACAUUUUUCAGUAUGCCCUCCAACACAAACGCUAAUGUUUUAUUAUACUUUUUAAAUUAUGUACUGGCGGGUACUUUCUCCGGCUUUUUUCCAAUUUAUAAAGCUCAUUAUAGAAAAUAUAGAUCAUAACAAAAAAGCAAGAACAACAAUAACAAUAACAUCCAACUUCUAACAGUUCACUGAUCGUUUUUGUGGAUGAUUUAAACUUACCACAUAGGGGAAAAUCGCACCUGUUUGAAGCACCGUUUUUGACAAAUAAAUUAGAAACACUGAUUUCGUGUCCCUUACAUAUUCUUUUUAUAAAAUCAAGUCCAUGCACUGAAAACUGAGAGUUAUCUAAAGAAGCUACAUAUGUGAAUAAACUAACAUAAGCUACGACUUGCCAAAUUCAAAUCGGAGUCCGACUCUGUUAUAAACCACAAUUCUUUUGUUCCUUUUAAUUUUUUUGCGAAGCGUUAUACGUUUUGAAGUUUAGUAAAUUAAAGGGUUUCGUUUGUUUAGAGAAGUUGGUGGAUGAUUGGUAUAAAACCCCAUUAAUGCCGCAAAUUGUCAGUAAAUUAUUCAUGGCUUCCUGUCACGCAGACAGUUUUAAUUGAUCUUGAAAGAUGUUGUUUAAAUGAUUUUCAUACGCAUGGUACAAAUGAAAAAAAAAAUACAGACUUUCAUAAUUUAGUGCAUUUAUAAGUUCAUAAUUUUAUAAUUUCAGCAUCGUUAUACGCCUUUAUUUUUCGUAAUUACGGUUUUAAAGAUGUA